GUCGGAAGAGCGAGUGGAAAGAUUUCGGGGAAGAAAGUGCGCGGGAGAGGGGCGGACGUGCGCAAGUGCGCAGGCGCGAGUGUGGGGCGGGCUGUGAGCGGAAUCUCAGCGAGCCUCAGUCUCUGCUGCAUCCCCUUGCCUAUCGCCAUGGCUGCCUACAAGCUGGUCCUCAUCCGGCACGGCGAGAGCGCCUGGAACUUGGAGAACCGCUUCAGCGGCUGGUACGACGCCGACCUGAGCCCGGCGGGCCACGAGGAGGCGAAGCGCGGCGGACAGGCGUUGCGAGAUGCUGGCUAUGAAUUCGACAUCUGCUUCACCUCCGUGCAGAAGAGAGCAAUCCGGACCCUCUGGACAGUCCUGGAUGCCAUUGACCAGAUGUGGCUGCCAGUGGUCAGGACCUGGCGCCUCAAUGAAAAACACAAUGGGGGGCUGACUGGUCUCAAUAAAGCAGAAACUGCUGCUAAGCAUGGUGAGGCACAGGUAAAGAUCUGGAGGCGAUCUUACGAUGUCCCACCACCGCCAAUGGAGCCUGACCAUCCCUUCUACAGCAACAUCAGUAAGGUAUGGUCAAAUCCAGCUGUGGUCACUCAGUCAGCAUCAGGAGGGGUUAGAGCAUGGACUUCACUCAUUUUUAUUUUCCAAAUUUAUGUGGUUGGGUGUUUUGCCUGCAUGUUUUUAUGUGCACUUCAUGUGUGUCGGGUGCCUUGUCAGAAGAAGACAUUGGUUCUUCUUCCAACUGGUGCUAGAGAUGGCUGUGAGCCCCAUAUGAGUGCUGAGAACCAAACCAAGUCCCAGAAGAGCAACAAGUGCCCUGAGCUGAGCCAUCUUUCCAGGCCAAGAACCUCUUUUGUGGGUCUACCUAAUACCAUUAAUCUUAUAAUUUAUGAUAAGAAAAUUACCAUCCUAUUUAAGAUUGUCCCCCAGAUCAAAGAGGGGAAGAGAGUCCUGAUUGCAGCCCAUGGCAACAGCCUUCGGGGGAUCGUCAAGCAUCUGGAGGGUCUCUCAGAAGAGGCCAUCAUGGAGCUGAACCUGCCAACUGGCAUUCCCAUUGUCUAUGAAUUGGACAAGAACUUGAAGCCCGUUAAACCC